CCUCUCUCAAGUUGACUUAGCUGCCCUACCUCACCACGGCCCUUAAAAGAAGGAAAGUCGGUUCCAAUCAUCAUGAUGAAGCAGAAGACACGCAAGAAGACGGAUGUGGAAGCCCCUGCCUCGAGCAGCGACCAAGUGCAUGAUGCCAACAAGGAAGCAAUCCGAGAAGGAGGAGACCAGGAGGCAGGACCGCCCACGGCCGAGCCACAAGCGCCGCCCCCCGUGCCAUCAGGGGGAAAGAACAAGGUGGCCAGCAAAAUAACUCCAAUGGAGGAGACGCCGAUGGGUGUCAACGCUGGAAAGGCCUGGGAGAAGGGAAGAGGGAAGGCCCCGAAGGACGAGGGUGUUCCGGAUCUGAGACUGUUCAUGCAAGAGAAGCCGGCAGGGCGGGUGAGCCGCAGAGAAAUAGAUCUACACGACAUUGACUCAUCGGCGUCUCUGCCUUUCAUAGGUCAGACGGGCGAGUCCUCGAGAGGUCGGGUCAAUGUUUCUGCUCUCUUUUAUUGAUCUGAUCCUGACUCUCUCGUUUUUCGGACAGGUGAGUCGCCAGCAUGAAAUACAUCGAGUUGGAAAAUCUCCUGUCUCUCCCUGGUAGAUUCGUGGCUCUGGGGAUCGAUUGUAUAAUUUGUAUGAGGCGCGAUUGGCUGUGUAUGGGGCGGAUGGGAGUCUUGCGUCAAUCUUGUUGGUCUUUACUCUUUUUGGGGCUGCCGUUCUCGGCGCCACAUUUAUCAGUGUGGAAUGCCUCAAGCAAGACCACUUUAGGUACUGAUAUUACUGAUCUCGAUGUUCGCAGAAAAUGGAGGCCUGUGCCUUCGUUUGUGCCGUGAGCCGGUAGGAAGCUCAUGGGUGCCCGCCUUGUCGUCUCAACCUUGCCGAACAUUAUCAUUCUCUCACUCAUUGUAAGCGAGACACGGCAGUCAUUCGUACAGGCCAGCGAACAAAUGGAUUGUGACUUUGGCUUCAGGUGUUUUCUUCUGAGGGAGGUCUGCGUGUGUUGAUUGGCUUCUGCGGCCUUGUCAGUUCGUGCGUGACGGCGGGCGCAUGGGCAGGAUGGACACGGCAGAAGAACAAACAUCAUUUGGGGACCACUGUUACCACGGUCAGCGAGUGAAUCGCCGCGAUAAAGACGCACCUUCUAUUCCGUUGCUUCUCUCCGUGCAGUUGCUGGAUAUCUUGUGGGGUCUUUGCCUUCUCUACGUCAUCGCGUGAGCGACCGGCCCACUUCAUGGCGCGCAUUUGAAUGGAGACGGAUGUGUGUGUGCGGAUACAUAGGUUGAUAUCGCUCUACGCCAGCAAUGAGGUGUUCUUUCUCCGCACCAAGGACUGCCCUCGCACCUUCAACAAAGCCAUGCCUGUGUAUGUCAAGAGCGUCGACACAUGGUACAUGCAUUGCACAUUACACGUGCAGCAUCAUCAUUGCCUUCCCAUCUCGUUCAUGCCUGCAUGCCUUCAGGUUCUGCGCAAAAUGGUAUCGGAAAACAGCCAUUAAUCGGGAACCAGGUGAGCAGGUGUUGAAUGACGUCCACGUCUGGCCUGCUGUGACUAUUCAUGUCAUUGGUUGGUUGGCUGGUUGGUUCACAGAUGCGCAGCAGUCACUGAUGUGCGACACUACCUACAUGGAGCGCUAUGGCCUUGUAUACGGUGAGCACUGACACGUCAAGGGCGAGAACGAACGCAUAGGCGUCUUCUCAAAUGCUUGGCCCGGGCGUGUUCGUUCUCAGAUGGUGUGGAAGUGACGUGUCCGCCCGGCUGCCUCACCACAAACCUCAACAUAUACGGCUGUGAGGUCAGUCUCUUUACACAAUUCCAAUGGCGCACACGGGGCACAAUUUCAUCUUGUCUCCUCCUUGAAAUGUAUCUUUGCAACAGACCUACGGCAGCGACUCGAGCAUAUGCGUGUCGGCUAUCCACGCGGGCCGCAUAUCAGACGGAGGUGAGCCAACAAGAGCCUCGCUUUCCUCUUUCCGAGGACCGACCUUGCUGCUGUUUGUUCUUCUGGCUUCUUUGUGUAUCUUGUGCUCAGGUGGGACUACAAGAGUGUUCGGUCAGAGGGCAUCAGACGCGUUCGAGUCAUGUCUCAGAAACUCUGUGGUACUUGCCUGCCUGUCUGUCAUGUCUUACCGAGACACGAGGCACACCGAUUGUCUCGUGUCUGCCGAUCCAUUGACUGCAGUCGUCGCUGACGCGCAUCAAUCCUGGCAACGUCGGGACGUAUGGCUUCCACUUCAACACACCCAACACCCAGGGUGGAAAGCAACUCCACCUACGACAAGGGAAUGGCGAAAAGAAUGAUUUUCGUUUUUUGCCUGUGUCAGAAUUCAUUUAUCUGCAAGAAUAUGAUGUGCUGUCCUCACAAGAUGCCCUCGAAGCCGACAAGCCGUGGACGCGGAUCCGCGUCCGUUUAGCCGCCAAGGUGGCUGCAGUCAAGUAAGAUCACGUGUGCCAGCAAGGAGUGACGCCGGCGUGCCUGCACACCUUCCUCUCUGAUUGAUGUACAGCAUGGAGAACCACUACGUGUUUCUGGGCGAGCGAGGCGGCGACGUUGAAGUGGAUCUUUGUGUUCCUCACACGUGUGAGUAGGGGUGAUAUACCUUGUCUCCCAGUUCUCGGUGUAGGGAGUGCAGUGCACGCAACUUGAGCAAAGUCAACUCACUUUGACUACCUAUCGACCUUAGCCUUCCUAUACAACAUGAAGCCC